AUGUACGUAGAUAUCGCUUCAAUGACCAAAAACAAUACUAUCAACAGAAGUAUUUUUCGUCACACGCUCUUUACUAUAUUUAAUCUUACUGACGACUUUAUUCUUGACAGAAUUUUUGCUGUUUUUGAUGAAAAUUCUGACGGUGUAAUUUCAAUGGAGGAAUGGGUUAAGGGCUUAUCAAUUUUACUUCGGGGUGAUUUAAAGGAAAAAGCCCUAUUGUUAGUCACAUUUUCUGUGUACGACCUAAACGAUGAUGGGGUAAUAUCGAGGGACGAAAUCUUCCAGAUGUUAAGUUUGAGUUUGGCUAAUCAAGCUGAUAACGAAGACAACGAUGAAAUUACCAGAGACCUCGUGGAAUACGCCUUCAAACUACUAGACGUCGAUCAUGACGGAAAAAUAACCUUCGAUGGCUACCUAAAAGCUGUUCAGGGCGAGAUUUUAUUGCUGGAACUUCUCGGGCCCUGUCUACCGACAGAUCUCGCUGCAACUGCUUUUUUGGUCAAAUUUGAAGAUCCCCACUCCAAGAGAAGAGUAAAAACUUGA